GCAACCACCACCAUCGCCGGCGCGCUUUUCGCGUCUUACACCCUCAACUACCUCUGCGACCCAUCAUGUUUUCACCAGAAGCUUCGCUUCAGAGUGCGCGCAGCUCGUUGCGCGGCAAUCGACGACGCCAGCGCGACUCCAUCGGGCACGACCAGCCUCGACGAAAGCGCAGUAAGAUUGCGGAAGAUGGCGCCUCGCAGAUCACCGCUGGCUCAGACUUGAAGGCGGCGAAUGGUCAUACUAUAAUGAAUGGCUCCACGGGUCAUGAUAGCACGGAGAGUUCCCUUGUGAUGAUCGACAUGCCCGUCCGCGAAAAGAAGACUGCACCUCUCAAACGGAUUCUGAAAGAGGACAGUGUUCAAUAUUUGACCAGAAACGCAAAUUACAGCGUUAGGAAACUACCCAGUUUUCCUGCGACGCUCACCCGAACGCCCUACACAGCUUCCGCAAUAUCGUCUGCAGGUCUCGCCCUAGCGUUCACGAGCGAUCGUGCUCUCGUGUGGGACUAUAGUAGCGCAACAGGUCCUGCAAAGGUCGUUUCUCUCCCUCUACCGUUUGGUCUGCGAAUAACAGAUCCGCUUCCCCGCGGCGCAAUCGUCAAAAACGGCCCCACGAACGACUAUGGCGUUGUCGCAGUUGCACCAUCGAGUGGCCGCAUUCACUUCUGGGAGAACAUCGACAACGCAGAGGCCAGGAGCUUGUACCCUGAGCGACAGCAGGGAAUUGAGGGCUUGGUCAAGCUGUAUUCGGGCGAGGUCAUCACAGAUCUGAUUGAUAUCGAGCACGCAGGGUUUAUUCUGAACUUCAGUAGUGGCAGGCUUGCGCAAUUGACUUUGCGCGACUCGCAAGGAAGGCCCAGUGUGAGCACUACAGUCUUGACUGGUCCGAAUACCUCUAGUAGCAGUCUGUUCAGUCUGCGAGGUCUGCUAGGCGGUGCGAUUCGGAAGACCAUUGCAUCUGUGAAGUCGCGCGCAUCUGACACAAAGGGCCAGAUGGAGGUGAUCACCACAACCAAGAACGGGUUGUUCCAGCUGUGGGACUUGAGUUGGUCAGGGCAACAGAUCUUUAAACACGAGGUCGAUGUUCAUGAUGAGAUGCUCUCUGCCGUACAAGCUGGAAUCUCAGGCGAAUUGCGCACGCAAAGUGAUGUACAAGUCUUGGACUUUGCAAUCACAGAGAAGACACGAACGCCCGGGUCGGCAAAUGUCCUGGUGCUUGUGGCUUUGUUCGGACGCAAUACACUGGAUUACUCGCUAUUGGAAGUGGUCCUCUCCGCUUCUGGCAGCACGGUCAGCAGGACGAUUCCUAUUAAAUGCUUCCAUCAGGAACAUCUCCCUACCGGACCGACAGGGACUCUUUUGGUUCCUCAACCCGGCCACACAGCCUUCGUACAAUUCCCUGGCGCUGUUGUUAUCGCAUCUUUGGCCCAGCCCGAGGAGAGCCCCGACGCACAACUUCUGGCAGACUCAGGGAGGUCAAGCUUACCUUUUCAGGAUGCUGUAUACUUUCGGGAAGAGCUCAACAUUACGGUAUGCGGACUCUCCACGGCGACAACUACCCGGAAGGAGAGGAAGAGUACCGCGUUGAUUUUUGUACAAGAAUCUGGAAUCCUGCAGUUCAGUGCGCAGCCGCCAGUGACUGACGAUGCAAGCACGGAGAGGGUGAAGGUCACGGCUAGAAGCAAACUGGAACAAGCCACGUUCUUCAGCUCGAAGCCGGGCAACGUCCUCGACUUCUCUGUGAAAUCGCGGUUUUCGUUCUCUGAGGAAGAAACCGCACAAGCUGCGCUCGAUGUCAGCCUGGGGAUCAUCAGCUCUUCGUACGACUAUCUCGACAAGGUGACGUCGUCCAUGGACGAGCAAUUCAAGACGCGUGCUGCGGCGCUGCGGACCCUGAUCUCUAAUCUACGAACUGAUUACCCUGCCUUGCCUUUCUCGAUAAAGUGGAGGUUACUGUGGCAUGCCGAGAAGCUUGCCGCAGCACACAAGCUGUGGAAUUGGUACGAGGCCAAACUUCAGGAUCAGCAAGCGCAUCCGGACGCAUAUCCAGAGAAGGUUCUCAUGAGCGACAUCAUCAAGGCGAUGCAUGAGCGUUACAAGACACCCAUCGACCCUGAUGCUGGUGAGACAGACCCGGUACGACAAUACUUCUUGCGGGACAUCGACUCCAUUGGUAUCUUGGUCCCGUGGGGCUGGAACUUCUUGCGGACUUUCUACAUGAAAGAAGGUGGAAAGGAGCAGCCCUCUAUCAUGCAGCGGCUCAGCGAAGGCUCUGACGUUAUGCUCGUGACUCUAGAGACCGCUUUCCGCUUCCGACAAACAAACAUCGAAGCCUAUGGCCUCGAUUCCGCCUCCCUUGAAGAUGGCAUCUUGAAGCCAGGCCAGGGUAACGAAGAACUCCCACCAUUCUGGACCUCCACGCACAACAUUGUCAGCUCUGUCCGUAGUCUUGUAGACGUUGGACGCAAUCUGGCCGUCGAGAACUAUGAAGAGGGCCUUCAGGAGACAUUGGCAAAGACGAUCGCCAAGGACAACCCUCGUAUGGUCCGCAUUGGCUGCCAGACUCACAUCGAACGCUUCCAAUGGGCUCUUGAGCAAGCUGAUGAGAAGUCACGGGAUGCUGGACGACUCCUUCGAGAAGAAUGGAACAACAAGGUCCGUCCAGAGCACAUCAAAGGCAUCAUGGAGCUUGGUCUGGCUACUGAAAGCAUGAACCUUGCAGAACACUACAAGGACAUGCCGACUCUGGUACAUAUCGUCUGGGACGAGACCGUCUGGCUUGAGAAAGAGAAGGCGGAAACUCGAAGUAAAAUGGAGAUUGCUGAGAGUACUGUCAAGCUCAAGAAGAUCAAGGAGCGUAUCAGCCGCUACUUUGAGACGUACGGGGAUGAUUGGGCUGAGGCUUUCUACUUGAAGCACAUCAAAGUAGGCAAAGCAGCUAAGAUGUUCGAGCCAGAGCAUCUGAACCAGCAGGCCCUAAGCAAAUUCCUGCGUGCUGAUCCAUCCCGUGCGAGACUCAGGUGGAUCAACGAGGUGUCUGGCGAGAAGGAUUAUGAAGCGGCUGCCGAGGCCCUCUUUGAUACUGCCAAGGAGGAGACAAAUGUGUGGUGCAACAAGAUCGAGCUGUCCAUGUGCAAGCUGGCAAUGCUCUGCAAGAAAGAAGAAAAGCCCGGCCAGACUCAACUUAACAGCAGUCGAACCGAGGAGCCUACCAAGACAGAAAAGAUUCGAGAGAAGAAUUACAAGAUCGUUCUAGAUCUGUGGGAGUACACUACCGUCCAGGAGCUGCUGUACGACCAUCUCGAAUCAUCUUUCCACGCGGCACUCGAUGAUGAGGUUGCUGUGGGCAUGCUCAUGGAGGAAUACGGCAAAGGUCCCAUCGAGGCACGACCAGCGCUCUGGCAACUGCUUAAAGAAGGCUUCGACCAACUAAUCCACCACAAGAUGAUCGGCCCUGAGCUGAUGAUCGACAUCUUCACCCUGAUGAACGACACAGGCGAGAGGGCACCCACUUCGGUGAUACAGUCGAACGAGUUCACUUUCGCAUUGAGGGUCUUGGCCGCCAAUUGGCACAAGAUCCACCGGACCACGCGAGAAGGCCUCUUAAAGCUCAUCUGGAAGCGACUGUGCAACAAGGACAACUGGGCUGAGAUCAAUAAUACCAAAGACAUGUCUGAUGCCGACCUCGAGGUUUAUCUGGCAACCACCAAGGUUGGGUGGACCUUCAGGGGUCUCAUGAGGCUGAUUGAUAUCGAUCCGCACAACCGUGUUGUAUGGCCUAAGCAGCUAACAGCCUUGAUCGGUGCUGGAGGCACACAUGGAGAGCUCUGCGUGCGAUUCCCUGAUGAGGAGAUUCGUGGGCCCAUCAUCCAGGACAACCUGCUUGACGACGAGAUCUUGCAGGAGAACCUCGAGAAAAACAGGCUCGAUCAGUGGUUCAAGGCAGCUUGCCGAGCAGGCAAGGCCGCAUACCUGAAGGAGAAGAGCGGAGAUGCCAAUGCUCAGGCAGAAUUUGGCGGCGACGAGGAGGUUGCUCCUGAGACAGAAGUGUUAGCUGCCGAGGGUGAUAGCGUCAACGGUGUCGACCAGGGUCAGGAUGUCGAGAUGCAAGGGUGAUAGGGAACGGAUGGCCAUUGAGGUCGGGGAGGCGAGGGUUCACGUUUCAAUCGGGCGCACUGCACGGGGAAGCAUUGGGCACGGCGUUUCAGAAAGAGCACAGCAGCCUGCAACGGCGCUUUUUGAUUGUAUCUUACUUCUUGUAGCAACAGCGAUUGACUUGCAGGCUUGGAGGCGCCUCACUUGUCGAGCUUGUCCAAUACAUCAUUGCAUUCUCA